CAUUGUGCGGCGCUCGUCCAGUCGAAGGGUGUCAGCUGCGGUCAGCGCUUUGGGCUGUCGUCGUAGUUUCUUGGUUUCCUAUCCGCGGAGCCCGGCGGGACUGGGACUCCCGUCCGUGCCGGUGCGGGCGCCGGCAUGUGGCUAUGGGAGGAACAGGGGGGCCUCAUGGGCCCCUUCUCCUUCCUGAUGAUGCUGCUGCUGCUGGUGACGCGCAGUCCCUUCAAUGCUUGCCUCUUCACCGGCAGCCUCUACCUUCUGCUGCGGCUCUUCAGCUUUGAGCCGGUGCCCUCCCGCAGGGCCAUGCAGGUGCUCAAGCCCCGGGACCGCGUCUCCGUCAUCGCCCACCGCGGCGGCGGCCACGACGCGCCCGAGAACACGCUGGCGGCCAUUCGGCAGGCAGCUAAGAAUGGAGCAACAGGCGUGGAGUUGGACCUUGAGUUUACUUCUGAUGGGAUUCCUGUCUUAAUGCACGAUAGCACAGUAGAUAGGACAACUGACGGCACCGGUCGAUUGUGUGAUUUGACAUUUGAACAAAUUAGGAAGCUUAAUCCUGCAGCAAAUCACAGAUUAAGGAGUGAUUUCCCUGAUGAAAAGAUUCCUACCCUGAGAGAAGCUGUUGCAGAGUGCCUAAACCGUAACCUCACAAUCUUCUUUGAUGUCAAAGGCUAUGCAAAUAUGGCUACUGAUGCUCUGAAGAAAAUAUAUAUGGAGUUUCCUCAACUAUACAAUAAUAGUAUUGUCUGCUCUUUCUUGCCAGAAGUUAUCUAUAAGAUGAGACAAGCAGAUCAGAAUGUAGUAACAGCUUUAAUUCACAGACCUUGGAGCCUUAGCCAUACAGGAGAUGGGAAACCACGCUUUGCUGCUUUCUGGAAACAGUCCAUGUUUGUGGCAUUGGACAUUUUGCUCGAUUGGAGUAUGCAUAAUAUCUUGUGGUACUUGUGUGGAAUUUCAGCUUUCCUCAUACAAAAGGAUUUUGUAUCUCCGGACUACUUGAAGAAGUGGUCAGCUAAAGGCAUUCAGGUUGUUGCUUGGACUGUUAAUACUUUUGAUGAAAAAAGUUACUAUGAAUCCCAUCUUGGUUCCAGCUAUAUCACCGACAGCAUGUUGGAAGACUGCACACCUCACUUCUAGACUUUUCCCCCAGGGAGGAAACACAGAUGAGGAAAUUUGGACACAAAGGUACACCAGGAUGUGUGCACCGAGGAAAGACCAUGUGAGGACACAGCGAGAAGGUGGCCAUCUACAGGCCAAGGAGAGAGGCCUCAGAAUGAAACCAAAACUGUGGACACCGACUGUGGACACCUUGAUCUUAGACUUCCCACCUCUGGAACUGUGAAAAAAAUGAAUUUGUGUUGUUUAAGCCUCCAGUCUGUGCUAUGGGUUAUGGCAGCUCUAGCAAACUAAUAUAUCCCCUAUAUCUCAAGACUAAGGAUGUGAGGAUGUUACACACAUCCAAAUGUGUGUGUGAGACCUACAGACUAGAUCUUUCUACUGUGUCUGCUCCUCCAGGAGAAGCAGGGGCUACACUGAAGUAAAGAUAAGAGGUGAAUGGAGAAGCAGUCCAGAUAUAAGCCCUGAGCAUAUGGGAAGUGAGCAAAAAUGAUGCUUCCAGAGGGAGUUCACAUUUCAGUGCAGAAGCACA